AUGCAGCUGCUGCUGUGGGCGCGGCAGCACUUCAGCAACGUCGGCAACAUCGUCGACAUCUCCAUCGCGCAGGGGCGGGUGGUUGUGGUGGGCGACACGCACGGGCAGCUGGCAGACUUUUGCUGGCUGCUCCGCUCGCACGGGCCGCCAACCCUCGAGAACGUCUACCUGAUCAACGGCGACGUGGACGUCUUCAACCUGCUGCCGCUCGCCACGCGAGUCAACUCGGAGGUCCUCGUCCUGCACGGCGGCCUCUCCCGAACCAACUCGGCCACGCUCGCCCAGAUCUCCGCAAUUGACCGGCGGCGGCCGAUCCCCGUCGCGCCCGUCAACGCCGAGGACAUGCUCUUCUUCGAUUUGAUGUGGGCGGACCCGCGCGCCGUCGACGGCGUCGGCCUCUCCGCAGUGCGCGGGGCCGGCUGCGCCACCUUCGGACCCGACAUCACGCGCCGUUUCUGCGAGAUCAACCGGCUACGGAUGGUCAUACGCUCGCACGAGGUGCCAAAGUCGCUCUCGGGCGUGCAGGUGCAGCACGCCGGGCGACUCGUCACCAUCUUCUCCGCCUCAAGCUCUAACCUCGACACCACGCUGACGUCGAGCACAAUCUCGUGGAGCCCGGGCACCGCCCACCGCUCGAUGGAGGAGGACGACACUUAG